AUGGGAGAUACGACCAUGCUCUCGCCAAUCCCAUGCCUUCAGUCACAACACAAAGGGCCUCAGUCACUUGAGUCCGGACAUGAAACCGAUUGUCAAACAGAGAAUGUCGUCAUUUCUCCGCGCUUGAUUCCUAAUGUCAUCAGCGGCAAUGAAAAGGAUCUUAACAUCACUUGCCGGGUUACCACGAUGACUCCCAUUGCAACCACCAUGCUCAAAUCUUUGUCAAUGACUGGCAGCAAGGCUGAUUCGGAGAAAGGAAAUCCGUCCACCAUAAAGUUGGAAAAUGCGGACCAUUUACCAAUAUCCAGGCGUACGAGAAGAGCCAAGGCCUGCAAACUACAACUCCGGACCUCGUUCUCCGAUCCAGAGACAAAGUUUUCAUCAGUGUUGAGUAAGCGUACAAGAAACACAGUGGCUCCGCUCGACAAUGGCUCAGAAUUGCGCGACAGAGAAUAUUGGGAAAUUAAGUCGCCAGAGGAGCUUGGCUUCCUUUUUUCCCUUUUUGGGUCAAAAGCGACGAAGCGCUCCCGGCAUACAAGAGUUGAAUUAUGGAUACCGGGAAAUGUCGGCGACAUCGAUCUUGACUUUUCAGGUCCCAAGUCAAUGAAGUUUAGAACUAAACUGGGGAGUCAUAAUUUUGCCUGCCAGAAGCCACAGAACGAAAUAUCCAAUAUCAAAGCCGUUCCACCAAACUCUACAGGUACGGUCCAAGGUGAAGACAGCAAAGUUACUACCUCCUGCAAUCGUGCUGUUUUGAACCCCAGUGGCAAAGCUUUGGUAUCAUUGGGCACGCUCGGAAUUUCCUCAUCAACUAAAUGCAAAAUUGAAGUUGAAUGCGUUCGAAAGUCCCUUUACAAAAUUAUGCCUCUUGAGAUUAUACAGCAUAUAAGUGAAGAUAGCUCACGAUGCCCAGCGUGGACGGCCAAGGGACCCCGAUGCCGCAUCCGACAUUCUACAGGACCUAUCAUCCCGUCAUUUGGGAAUUUGGCCUCCGUGGAGAUUAGUGAGCUUUUAUCACAGAUCCAGCGCCUCAUAAAUGAGGCACUUUGUUCAACGCACCGGAGGGUCGCAUUACGUGACAUUGAAGGGUGGAAAGCAGAUUUUGAACGACUCUCGACGGUUCAAGGACCUCAAGGCAGCUUCCCCUUCCAUGACCGGCGGCUAUUGGCCAUUGCUAGCUGGAUUUGCUUCAUAAGCAAGGAGGCAUCUUCUCAAAACGACAAAAGCGUUUCGCCACUGCCAAGGAUAAAAACAGACCUUGAGAGCAAGACAAAUCAAAUCAAUCCAAUUCAGGAAUUCAAACCCUAUAUUACCACGGCCCUCGCAGAGGGGGUGGCCAAAGAUAUAACGAAACUCGUUAAUAGGCCUCUCCUGCCGAGCGAAAUCAACCAAGAAGGAUUCAUCUACAUUUUCUGGCAAAUUGGAAACUUCGGACACCUGAAGAUUGGACGCUCUGCAAACGUGGGUCGCCGCCUCGAAGAAUGGAAGAAACAGUGCAAAAAGGAUAUCGUUGCAUACUUCCCGGAUCUUGACCGAGACGACGGCCACGAGGAUUUGCAAAAUGUCCCACAUAUCUGUCGGGUUGAAGCCCUGGUGCAUAUGGAAUUGCUUAAACAUAGGAGAAUUGAGAAAAAAUGCCCCGGUUGCUCGAAGGCCCACAGAGAAUAUUUUGAGAUUCCGAAGGAAAAUGCGAUUCAAGUUGUACGGAAGUGGAUCAGCUGGAUGCGAUCCCUCCCAUAUGAAAAACUUACUAUACAAGGGAAAGAGCAAUGGGUGCUCAAGAGUGAAGAAUCGAAGCGUUUGGCUGAUUUGUGCCAACCGCCACGACUAACGUCAACUUCUCGUCCUUUGCCAGAUAAAGAGAAGAUAGCUUCUCUCCGCCCUCGCCGUUCGCUUCCCAGUGCAGUGAGAAACGAAAGGCGGGGAGGGGGAAGGAAGUUAACAAUAUAG